CGUUUUGCUCGUCGGACCAUCGGGAAGAAGAAAGAGCCCUCGCCUUGCUCCGGUCCCGUCCGUGGUCUCUAUGCAGUUUGAAAUCCCGGCGUGGGCGGCGCCGAAGUAUUUGGUGACUCGCCGACUUCUAAAUCUACCCAGGGGUGAUCCCAUGCACCCAGAUCAGACUGUCGCAUCGGCGUCUCUCUCGGUGGUGAGCACGGCAGCAGCUCACGCAGAUGUCAGUUGGGCUUCAGGUUUCACAUCAGAAACUGUCCACAGGUUUGAGUUUUUGCGCAGGUUCGAAGUGUCCACCUUUUGAUGUUUGGAGUGGGGAAAUUCUUGGACGUGUUAAUCCUGCCAGCUUCUCAUAUGAGGGAUUGCACUGUCUGUCGAACCGAAUUGGACUCCGUGGUUUCUUUUGAGAACUGAUGCGAAUGUAGCCUCGGCUAUGUUUGGCCUUUUCCUGAGCAGAGAGCGGAUCUUACGACUAUUUUUCUUUGGCUUCAUGUAUGACGUAACGGAGAAAAUUUUCACGAACUUUCCUCUUUUUUUUCCCCCUUUUAGCAUUCUAGAUUAAUGUCUAAGGAAUUUGAUCUUUGGAAGGUAGUGUUGGUUUAUCCGUUCUGGGGUCGUUCCCUGUAGAUUGGUAAAGCAAAGUCGCUUGCUCUAUUAGUACAUUUGCCAGAAAUCUUGAAUAUUUGGAAAUCUAGCGAAUUUGAUUGCAUACAUGGAUGCAGCUUCUUCCAGUAAUAUCCAGCGAAUGAAGCAAGUAAUUGCGGGACUGUUGCCUAAGAAACAAUGAAGAGAAAUUACGAAGCGAUAAAGAGGAAAUUUUACAGCCCGUUGAUGACCCAGCGAGCAAGCCUAACUAGUAUGCGUGAAGAGUCCAGUUUAAGCAAGCUGAACGAAGAAUCGUGCACAAGCGAACCUGAUACGUUAGAAUUUGCGAACACAAUUUCAAGCUCACAGCCUCAAGGCCCAGAAUCGAUCAAUGCAUGCACUCAGUCACGUGUGUCAGCUCCAGAAAGUGGAGAGAAUGGCAGCAGGGAGACGGAGAGUCCGAAAUUCCUCUCUCAACUGGGUAAAAGAGCAGUUGUCCGUCCAUUAUUCCAGAAACCCCAGCGACAAUCAAAACUACAACGGACUACGCUAACCGCUGGCCAAAAACUUACUGUCAGCCAUACUGAAGACGUUUUGCAACAAUUUGAGGAUACUUUGAUGCAUCCCGUGACGCCAACUUCGUCUAAGGAAAAACCUUUUCUGGAGAUAAUACCAUCAUCAAGUAUACCAAACAUUGAAUACCUAAAGAUUGGCAAUGAAUCCAGCUACUCUACAACUUUAGUGUCUAACCUGGCAGGAUUAGUACAGAAGCUACAGAAACCGUCCGAGCAAGCUCUCCAAGUAAAAAAAGAUGUGGUGCGCAAGUUACAGAUUCUCCUGGUUCCACGUGCGUGUCCCCGUGCGCUUGGAGAAAGCUCUGGAGUUUCCAAGCAUUUUACAUCCGUCAUACUGACGAUACUCGGGAAUCCCAAAACUGGUAACCAUGCGGAUCGGAAGUUCACCAAAGAGGACAACAUGUCCACAGAAUGGGAGGGCGCCUUUUCCUCAAAACAUCCGUUGACAAGAACUGCCAAAAACUGCAUGCUUGUUUUAAAGGAGAAAAACUCAGAAGAAUCGCUUUACGAAACUCAGACCUCGGAAUUCCGCGGAAUCUGGUCUUCAAAGAACCUGCAACUGGCAGAGGUUUCGGCUUGUAUGAUGCAGAGUGACUUUGAAUUUUUAACUCUCAUUCAAUAAACAAGCUGAGUUCUGUGAACAUCCAGA